UUCCCAUUUGGCGGCCCUUGUUUGGAUUAUUUCUCUUACGCCAAGGCUGCAAGCAGGCAGAUCUGCUGCACACUUUAAAAGAUCUGUGCGUCUAAGGCACUCCAGCUUGAAUACAAACACACACAGCCACCUUCACACACGGCACUCCUCACCACCAUCUGCUCUUACCAAUACACUCAUUCUAAGAUGUCAGAACCGGAUUCCAAGUUGGAUAUGACCGCUUUGAGCGAUGCUUUGGAUGGUGGAAGUAAUGCAGGAGGAACAAAAGACGUUCCAACACAAUCAAAGCCAAGCGAAGAAGCAGCUCGUGAAACGAUGAAUAAAUCAAAUACAUUAACCGUUGAUGCAAAAGAAAAAGAUGGAAAGGGAUCACCUGAAACACUUUCUCCUCCAGGAUCACCUGCUGAAGAACAAACAACGCAAUCUGCCGCUACAGCAACGCCUGCUAUCCCGUCCGAAAAUACUCAAGCAACACAGUUAGACCCUACAACACAACAAAUCAAGACAAUGUUUCCAGACAUAGAUACAGACACAAUUCAAGCUGUUGUGGUUGCUGAAGGUGGUGAUUUUGAAAGAGCAAUCAAUACGCUCUUACAGAUGUCAGAUCCUUCUUACGUUCCUCCACCACCUCGUGAACUCAGUCAAACGGAACAGGAUGAACAAUUCGCAAGAUCACUUGCUGCCUCGGAAGAACAACAAGCAAGAUCACAAAGACCAUUCGUUAACCCCUCAUCGGCAAGAGGAGGUGCUCUUGGAUCGCUGUUCGGCAUGGGAGGUCAGGGACAGGAGCAAUCUCAAUCGCCGGCAUACGAUCCAAACAAUCUCUCCUAUCAACCACGUGUUCGUCGUACAGCCUCUGGUAAUCAAACAACCAACGCUCCGAGACCCACUUAUAGUCCACAGAACUCUACUGGAUAUAAUGGUCAAGGCGGAGCAGGAUUACCGGGACCUAAAGAAGCAAAACAGUGGCAAGAGGAUAUCAAUAAAUUUGCUGAGCAAGGUUUUGCAAAAGCGGCUUCUACCUUUUCGGCUUUGCGUCAAAAAGGUGAACAAGCAUGGGCACAACGUAGUCAAGGUUCACCCGGUGCCGGAGCUUAUAAUGAUCAGGUUCCUCCAAGCGGGCGAGGCGGAUCAUUUUUCGGAGGAUGGAAUCAAAGAAAUCCUUCGGGAAGUUCGGGUUCUACUGCUUCACCUACGAUAGGAUCGGGACGUGGAUUCGAUCGUGAUCCAUCUCCUGUCGGAGAGAAUGAAUUGGCAAAGAUUUUGGCUCGUGGAAGGAAUGAUUCUGCAAGUGGAGAGUCAUCACCUGCCAGAAAGAAUAGCUUAAGCAGUAUAGCCGAUCGGUAUAAGAAAGUUGCAGGAGGACAAAGACAAGGCGGAUCAAAAUCAUCUUCUAUGAGCAAAAAUGAUGGAAUAGACGAUGAUGCUGAUGAUGCAAAUUUUGGUUGGGACGAUGCAGGUAGAACAGGAGGUGGUAAAGCAAGCGAAAAAACAUUUGAACCGAUCAAGAUUAGUGACAAUAGUGUCGAUUCUCCACCCAUUUCUGCGAAAUCUCAAUCGCAACGCAAUGCUGUCAGUUUGAUGGAAGGAAGUGCAGGCCGUGGUAUCACGUCACCAAGAAGUGGAAGUCAUGCUGAAUCUGACAAGAAUGCUACUGCUCAUCAAGAUGCACACAAUCAUGAUGAUGAUGACGAUGAUUUGGAGUAUGUUGCUAAUCCUUUCGAAGAUGAAGAUUGAAAUGCACAAAUUCAAUUGCGAAAGACAUAUGUCUAAAUAAUGUAC